CAUUAACACCAUCCAAAUACAAAAAACACAAAGGUUUCAUAGCAAUUUUCAAGUAAAGUUAUAAGAAUGUCAUCUCGUGUGCUCAAAAACCUCAUUGCCAUGCUUGAGGCCGAAGAAGCCGAAGCUGCGAAAUCCAACAACCAUGGUACUGCACAUGCAUUUAACAACAACGGCGGUGGGAACCAAAAUUUCUCCGGAGCCAAAAUCAACAGCGGUGCGAAUUCUGGAGAUAGAAAGAAAUAUCGCACCACCAACAAUCAUGGUGGUCGCGCCAUAAAUAACAGUGGUGUUUUUAAUGGCAAUGGCAAUGGAGGGAUUACUGAGGGUAACUUUGACGCAUCCACAAUUAACUAUCACAAAAAAUAGUUAUAUGUAUUUGUGAUUAUUAAUAUGUUAUAUGCAAGGAAUAAUGAAGUUGAAGAUAUAUUUAAUAAUAUGGUUUCAGUGGUUUAUGGUUUUAUUCUGAUGUAUAGGAGGUUAAAAAUAAAAGCACCAGUGUUGCUAUAAUAAAUCUCCAAAUGUUUGACUAUAGUUUAUAUAUUGUUGCUAUUAGUACA